AUGGAGAAUACUUCAGUGCCGAAUUCAACGGCUCUUUUUGAAAACGCAGAGUCGGAUUCAGGCCUGUCUGACACGGCUGGAAACAUAUUCCAGCUGAUUGUGCAGAGCGUCAUUUUCUUAUUCGGCGUGCCUGGUAACUGCCUCAUACUCCGUGUCUACUGGACAAAGACUCUAAAAACCAGUACCCAUGUUUUCAUCAUGGGCUUAGCCUGGGCCGAUCUGGUAGUCUGCGUGCUGGCUGUGCAUCGUAUUUAUGAUAAGGUUGCUGAUAUGGCUGGCUAUGAGGUUCCGCAGUUCACAUUUAUUAUUUGGGCUCUUGAUACAACAGCCAUCGCAACGUCGAUUAUGAUGACCGCUGUGAUCGCAGCGGACCGCUACGACUGCGUAUGCCGGCCACACCGCCGGUUCUUCACCCACAAACGCGGCAAGAUAUCAGCUUUUGCGGCAUUUGUAUUCUCACUGGUCAUCAAUAUUCCUGCCUUCAUACCCACAACCCCUGCCAGCAGGCAGUCAUUGGGCCGUUUGCGGUUGGCAUUCCAGGUCAUUUGCUUCGUCGUGGCGCUCGUGAUGAUCGCCCUGUGUUACGGCAAAGUCUACAUGACCAUCAAGAAACACACCAAAGUCGGCGUCAAAAGUACCACUGGAGAUCGCAGCGUCUCUCGAUUAGCCGACGAAUGGUCGACAAGGCUACAGGAUUCCGUAAUCACAAAUGUGGGACCGAACAUUCCUACCGUCUCUUCCGUGUCGACGUUGAUCAGUAAACCAUGCUCGAGCGCGGUAGCUGAUGGCAGUAGAAUGGCACUAAGCAAGGGACCAUCGAGCCGCGAAAUCGACGAAUCGACCCUUGACGAAAACGGAAUUAGAUUGGCCAGUCACUCACAAGCGACUUUGACCAAACGUGUACUAUUGUUGAAGGAGACAGAAUCCCGUGUUGCGAAUAGGAACAGUGACCCUAGCCAACGCCAAAGUAAUGCAGAACGCGCACCACCAAAGACAAAUGCAGCAGUUUUACAGCGUAAGACAACCAGGAUGCUCUUCAUCACCAGCGUUGUGUUUCUCCUGACCUGGCUACCCUACUGGAUGCGUCUUGCCGCUGUGUUUGCGUCCUACUACGACCCAGUGUUUCGUAUGAUCCUCGAGCAGCUCUCCGUAACUCUCUACGUCAACAAUGCCGUGAACCCACUGAUUUACGGACUUGCCAACAGACGGUUCAGGAAAGACUGCAAGACAAUUCUCAGUAAGAUUAAGCUCUGCUAG